AUCAUCAUGCAGAGUCUCCCUUUCACUUUUGCACUGCUGCCUCUCGCAGUGCUGAUUGCCCAUGGAGCCCCCUGCGUCAGCCACCUGGAAGACGCCUCAGACACCUCUGGGGAUGGCAGCCUCGACCCGACGUCUAGGAAUCUGGAGCAUCUUUCGGCAGUUCUCGUCUGCCUGAUCGGCAGUCUCCGUGAUGAGCACUUUGCGAAAAAUUGGCCGCAAGAAAGCAUGUCGUCGUACAAGGACCACAAAAUCACAAUGCCUUACCUGAACGUGGAGGACGGCUGUUUUUCUCUUAAAUUCAACAAAAAAAGGUGUUUGAGUGGGAUUGCGAGCAAACUGCAGCUGUACAGACCCUACCUGGAUUUUGUGAAGAUAGAGAAUCCGGGAUCCAGCAAGGUUGAUGACGUUAUCUCCAGGACAGACACCUUAACUCGCAGUAUAAAAGAUAAACUGCCGAAGGUGGAGGAGUCGGACUCGAGCUCGCAGGGCGCGCUCCCGACGCUGCCCUCCGACAAGACCGAGUGGGAGCGAAAGAUCACGGUGCACGUGAUUCUCAGGGAGCUCGGCGUCUUCAUGGCGGAGACGCACAGGGCCGUCCGCUUCAUCAAUCGGCGCCCGUGAAGAAGACUCCGGGCUCAGACAUACCGCGGACAGAAGGACCGAACUACUCUCUAAAAUAACAUAGUGAUUUGCAGCACGAGGCACAGAGUAGUCAUUGAAUCGCGGGGUAUGUGCAUACGAAUAACUGCUGGAAAAAGCAGUGACAGAGUUUUUCAAAGCUAACUGACGAAGUUAACAAGGGACUUGAAUUUUUUUUAAUUAUUUAUUCAUUACGAGCGAUGCGGUGCGAUGAAACGGUCUGACAGGUGCGUGUGUGCUCGGGUAGAUCGACGGCAGGGGACGGGUCGUGGAGACCCUCCUCUCCUGCUCACUGUGACACCUAUAUGUACAAAAACUGUUGGAAAGGUCAGUUGAUUUUUGUAAUCAAUAAUUUAUUUUUAUACAUGGAUGCAUUUAUAUAUUUAUGUAUUUAUUUAAAUUAUUUUUUUUUAAGUACAGUCGGCUGUAUAAAAUUGAUAAAAACUUGAAAAAAUGUAUCGGUGGGUAAUAAGCUAAUGUGACUUUGUGAGCACAGGACGGGCAUCUUGAUCUGUGGCCUGUAGAUGUUGUCCUUCUCUGUACCCCUGAUCGGACGGUUUGAGCCUUUGCUGGUAGAUGAUUUUGAUUUCUGUGGGCCCUUAACCCUCAAACUAUGGUGGGAAAGAUGAAGAAGAGAAGAAUUCCGAUGUUUCUGUACUUGCACUUGA